AUGGCUACCGGAUAUUGGGAAGUGAUGAAUUUGCGUGCUGUGAUCACUAUACUUGUGCCUUCAUUGGUCCUCUGGUUAGGACAUCGAACAUACUCUCACUAUUUCAACCAUGCACCCUCCUCCUCUUCCGCUCCUCGAGGACAACUGGAGAAGCUGCAAGGAGAACAACUCAAGAAGCUGCAGGACGAACAACUCAAGGAGCUGCAGGCGGAGUUAGACAGUGAAAAUAUCACUCAUCAAGAUUAUUUCGCGCAUGACCACGAAUACUGGCUAUAUUAUCCGGCCAAAGCUGGGCUCAUAGUCACAGGAUGGCCGUCUCAAGGGGGAGUCUACAAACUAGACGUUUGUAGCCGCCUAGAACUCGAAUUCUUGGAACUUGAUUUAUUCAACAACACCUUACGCCCAUCCACAUCAGAUCCGGAGUGGCAGAACAAAGAGAACGCGCACUGUGAUCGAAUGCAUCGUCUCGGUCCUACCUGGUGGGAAAGCGAGAUGGCUUAUUUCUAUAACCAGCUUGAUAGACUUUCGGGAUAUGAUGGGACCCAGGUAAAGCGUAAUAACUACAUCCGAAUUGGUUGGCCGACUGGAGGCGGAGUGUGGGUUUGGCAACCAAAAGACGAAGCAGAAGCAAGUGAGAAAGGUGGCGCAAAGUUGCAAAAUGCCAAUACAAUGGACGAGCGAUGCGAGCUGAUUGAGAGCCUGGGUGGCGUUUUCUAUGCGGAUCCCCAAAGUUGUCCCUAUCUCGACCUUCCUUAA